GGAAUGGAGAUAUCAUCAGACAACCUCCCUAGUGAGGCCCCUUGGCAGCCACAUCAUGGACCGCUAUUGUCUGCCGAGUCCUGAAAGGCAAAGAUCCUUCUAACCAGUGACAUCAAAGAUGGACCAACCGUCAGAAGAAAAUGAUGAAGAUAACCUCCAGAAGUUCCGUCAAAAACUUAAUGGUUAUGAAAUGCAUGAACUGCGGAUGAUGUAUGAAUAUUUCAGAGAUGAUCUGAUCUAUAUUGUCCAGAUCUUGAACACUCACAGCUUCCUGGCAGAGUUGAAAUCUCGAAAUGUUCCUAAUGUAGAGACUUACGAAUCAAUGAAAGAAAACCUUGGAGCCUCAGUGGUACAGGGCGUCCUCGAAGCAGGAAAAGAAGCUGUGAUAGGAUUCUUGGAAAGUCUCUACAAUCUACAGACCGGUCAUCCUCAUCACAAUUUACUUGCAGUACUUUGGGAAAUCCACAACGUUGAAAUAAAGACAUUGAAAGAACAAAUAAUAGUGGAUGAAAACGGACACCCGCUAGAUCCAGAAAUUAAAGAAAUCCAAGACAAGCAUAAGCAAUAUCUGCUGGAUACGACUCAGAAUUUCGUGGAAUGUAAGCCACCAGGAACUACCCUCAAAAGUCAAGAUUUUCCCAUUUCAGAGCGUUUUGUCAAUCUGGUUGUUGUGUCCACAGAGCAACUUAGACACCGUACUCAGCAUGAGCUAAUAGAGAUUGGGGAAAAACAUGAAAGCUACAUGUGUAAGACUCAAAGAGCAUUGGAACGUGUUUCUCCUAAAAGGCUCUUCCGCUGGUGCCGUCAAAUAAAACAAGUGCCAAAUAUGAUCAUGAUCAGCGGUGUACCGGGAGUAGGGAAGACCACCCUAAUGCAGAAGUUUGUCUGGGAUUGGGUGAACGGAAAUCUCUAUCAGAGAUUUUCUUUUGUUUUCUUCUUCAAAUUCCGGGAGCUCAACCGACUGGGAGAAGUCAGCUUAGAGGAGAUGAUCCUUCAGCAGUAUCCCUAUCUAAGUUCUCAGCUUGAAAAUAUCUUAAAGGUCCCAGAGCAGCUUUUAUUUAUCUUUGAUGGCUUAGAUGAAAGUUGCCACCAAAUUGAUUUUGCUUCUAGAUCUCGGAACACCAACACAAAGCAGAAGCAAGACCUUGGUAAGAUCUUGGUUAACUUGUUGGGGCAAUCUCUUCUUAAGGGUUGCUCUGUGUUGGUAACCAGUAGACCAGCCAAACUGGUCUCCAUUAAUCCUGACAUUUUUCAGCUAUUUUGUGAGGUCAUGGGAUUUUUUCAUGAAGAAAGGAAGAUGUACUUCGAGCUAUUUUUUGUUGAUGACAAAAAGUUGGCCUUACAGGCUUUUAACCAUGUGAGGGACAACGAAUCUCUGUAUACUUUCUGUUAUAUCCCGUCAUAUUGCUGGAUCAUCUGCAGAGUGUUAUCAAUGUGCUUCAAAUCUCAACAAACAAAUUGCAAUCAGUCAGAAUUAUUUUUGCCAAAAACAGUGACGCAACUUUUUGUGAUUUUCAUCAGCAACAUUCUAACCAAUCAUUGCCAGGAGACAGAGAGGGAAAAAGCCAGGAAAUGCCUGACGGCUAUUGGAUGGUUGGCAGAGUUUGGGGUGAUGAACCGCCUCAUGGUGUUUGAAGAACAAGAUCUGAAAUCAUUUACUGUGGACACAUCACUACAUCUCUUAACAAGUUUUAUGGUGGAAUCCAAGCAACCUUGUUAUGUAAACUAUUCCUUCUUACAUCUUACUGUUCAGGAGUUCAUGGCUGCUUUGGUCCAUCAUGUUGACUAUAAACCUGAAAAACUACAGGAAGCACUUGAAAAAGCCAAAUCUCAAGAUGGACAUGCUGAAAUAUUUCUUCGUUUUCUUUUUGGUCUGACCGAUGGCUCCACCAAAGCUCUUCUAAAUAAUUCAUCCUCCCACCAAGGCUCUUCUAACAUAUUCAUUUUCAACGAUGAAGCUUCCAAAAAGGUCAUCUCCUGGCUCCGUGAACUCUCCACACUUGUCAAAAAGACAUCAAAGGAUGCUUCGGAAAGGAGGAAAACUUUAAAUAUUUUCAACUACCUCUUUGAAUCUCGAAAUAAAGAACUAGUGUCAGAAAUUCUUGGGCAAAACCUAAACAUUGAUUUUUCAAGAUUCAACCUGACACCCCUUGACUGCACGGUGUUGGCUUUCAUUUUAAAAUCAUGCAAAGAACCUGAAAGCCUUGAUCUAGAGAAAUGUUUCCUUGAAACCGAAUGCUGGGAGAGACUGUACCCGGGACUUCACGCAGUGCAGACGCUUCGACUGAACUUGAAUGAACUUAAGAAUGAAGACAUCUGCUUUAUAGCUAAGGCGUUAGCUCAUCCUAAAUGCAGAAUCCAGAAUCUCAGUUUGACUAAUAAUGAUUUCACCAGCACGUGUUGCUCUACCUUGGCAUCUGCAAUCUAUAAAAACGGUUCCCUGAUGUUUCUGGACUUGACUUUUAACAAUCUGACGGGUCCCCACUUCAGCGACCUCAUUGCCGCUCUGUCCAGCCCAACAUGUAGGGUAAAGCAUCUUGAGCUUUGUGCCCUCAAACUGACUCAUGACGACUCCCAGUAUUUGGUCUCCCUGAGUAACAACAAAAACCUUGAAUACCUAAAUCUGAGCCAUAAUAGCUUUACCGAUGCUGGUUCAGGGCACAUAAAGGACCUUAUUGAGAAAUCCUCCAGCCUGAAAGAGAUCUUUGUUGGUGCCAACGGAUUUUCUGAAGAAGUAGUUAAGGAGCUGCAGGACCUUAUAAACGCCCGUCAAGGUCUCAGAAUUAAUGUAUGGCAAAGUCAUGCAGAGAAUUCAGCUCUUCCUGAAAAUGUGACGACGAGUAUAUAAGUAAUUUAUAUUGCAAUAUUUAUUAAAAAGCACAGAUAUUGUACAGUCUUUUUCUAAUUUGUUUUGGAGGGAGGGGGAAUAAUAAAGUUGUUUUACAAUAACAA